AUGGCAAGUGAAAGUUCUCACAUAGCUGGUUGUAAUUAUAUUUCUAGUGACUGUACAGCGAAAGACCUCCGCCAUUUGAGUUUGGAAUCUGUCGACGAAGCGAACAUACGAAAGAGGAAGAGGGAUUCUUGCUCCAGAGGAGCUUCUAGCAAGCGGACGAGAGCGGCACUGCAAGAGAAGACAACCCAGAUGUCUGUGCAACCAUUUUGCAGCACUGAGGGAAGCAUCAGUGGAUUCUCAAGGAUUGAAACAAGAAGUCAACGACAAUCAAAGGCAUUAAAGGAACACACAGCGAGCAACGCUCUCCCCGAGUUUGGGAAAUCUAGUAGUUUUACUUUCAGCAAUUACUUUAUACCGGUUGUCAAAAGUGUGAUGCCUCUUCCUGAGCUUGACUGGGCAGAUCCCAAAGAAGUGUGGGCAAAAAUGCUUGAGAAAGAGAGGAAGUAUUCAAGAGACCCUCUAUAUUUUAGAAAACAUUCAUUUAUUCAGCCAAGGAUGCGGGCAAUUCUACUGGAUUGGCUAACAGAGGUUUGUGAAGUUUAUAGACUGCACAGGGAAACAUAUUAUUUGGCAGUAGACUUUGUUGAUAGAUACCUGUCAGUUAAACAUGACAUUGCCAAGCAAAGACUACAACUUGUUGGAACAACGGCAUUGUUUAUUGCUGCUAAAAUGGAGGAAAUUUACCCUCCCAAAAUAAGUGAAUUUGCAUAUGUCACUGAUGGUGCCUGUACAGAAAAUGAGAUCCUACAUGAAGAACUGCUCAUGUUAAAGGGGUUGUGUUGGAAUUUAACACCAAUCACUGUCAAUUCAUGGUUAAAUAUCUAUUUACAGUUGUCUUGUGUAACAAGUAAAAACGGUAAAACAUCAAACUUCAGCAUCCCUAACUACUCACAACCAAGAUUUGUUGAAGUUGCACAACUUUUAGAUCUGUGCAUCCUGGAUGUGGGUUCACUGCAGUUCUCCUACAGUAUUCUAGCUGCGUCAGCUCUUUACCACAUGCUUCCAGUUAAUGUUGAACAAGUUACAGGACAUUCACGGGAGGAACUUCACCCAUGUAUUCAGUGGAUGACAUCUUUUGCCCACAUCAUAAUGGAAAAAGGAGCAGCGACCAUCAGAAGUUUUGAACAAGUUCAACGUGAAGAUGCUCACAACAUCCAAACUCAUGCAGUAGACAUAGCAUCACUUGAUAAAGCUUUAGCUCUUCAAAGCACUCUUGGUAAAGAAACAGCAGAAAACAGGUCAAGAUCUCCAAACAUCGAAUCAUUUAAACCACUUACCCCACCAAGCAGCACAAAAAAACCUGCCUUAGACUCUGUCAUAAUGAUAGAAUGAAACAAAUUAGGUCCAUGUUAAACUUUAUUCAUGCUCUGUUUCAUCUUUAGAAUACUUUAUUAGGGGGUUUUCACAAUUUGAGCCCAAUAUUAUGGCACUCUCCUCAUGGUGU